UUAACACUCUGGGUCCACCUUCAAGACACUGGGCUGUGGAUCAAGCGAACCACCACUUCUCUUCCAAGUAUCAUUUUGACAGGUUCUUUUGGAGGAGCUCCUUCUUUUUUUAACCCACCCUUUUAAACAAAAUGGCACCAAAGAAGGACGUGAAGAAACCUGCUGCUGCGGCCCCAGCCCCUGCCCCUGCACCUGCGCCGGCCCCAGCCAAACCCAAAGAAGAAAAAAUCGAUCUCUCUGCCAUUAAGAUCGAGUUCUCUAAGGAACAGCAGGAUGAAUUCAAGGAGGCAUUUCUCCUGUUUGACAGAACAGGAGACAGCAAGAUCACCUUAAGCCAGGUCGGUGAUGUCCUUCGAGCACUGGGCACAAAUCCCACCAAUGCAGAGGUCAAGAAGGUUCUGGGGAACCCUAGCAAUGAAGAGAUGAAUGCCAAGAAAAUUGAGUUUGAACAAUUUCUGCCCAUGAUGCAAGCUAUUUCCAACAACAAGGACCAGGGAACCUAUGAAGAUUUUGUUGAGGGUCUGCGUGUCUUUGACAAGGAAGGCAAUGGCACAGUCAUGGGUGCUGAACUCCGCCAUGUACUAGCCACCCUGGGUGAAAAGAUGAAAGAGGAAGAAGUAGAAGCCCUGAUGGCAGGUCAAGAAGACUCCAAUGGCUGCAUCAACUAUGAAGCUUUUGUCAAGCACAUCAUGUCUGUCUAAAUGGAGCUCUCAAGAACAAGCAUUGUUUAGGAAGACUGGCUGGAGACCAAUUUUAACAGCAUUCAUGACUAACUGUCCAGAUCUGUUUACCAUCAUUCAGAAAAACAAAAGCAAUCUGGACCACUCCAGACUGAAGGACUCCCUGAAUUUUUAUAUACCAUAACUUUUUCUCUGAAUUGUAUUCAUACCACACAAACCAAGUGUCUCUUGCUCUAAAAACAAGAAUAAAAUAUUGACAAACUCA